AUGGCGGACCCGGCGCCGACUACGAUCAAGGUGGUGUGCCGUUUCAGGCCGCUAAACAGCUCGGAACUGGCGCGGGGAGACCAGUACAUCCCGAAGUUUAAGGGGGAGGACUGUGUGCUGAUGGCGGGUAAACCGUACUACUUCGACCGUGUAUUCCAGUCCAACACAACUCAGGUGCAGUUCUACAAUGCUGUGGCUCAGCAGAUUGUCAAAGAUGUUCUGGAGGGAUACAACGGGACGAUAUUUGCCUAUGGGCAGACGUCCUCUGGCAAAACACACACAAUGGAGGGGAAACUCCAUGAUGAAGAUAUGAUGGGAAUCAUUCCCCGAAUUGUUCAAGACAUCUUCAACUACAUUUACUCCAUGGAUGAGAACCUGGAGUUUCAUAUCAAAGUUUCAUACUUUGAAAUUUAUUUGGACAAAAUCAGGGACCUGUUGGAUGUGACGAAGACCAACCUUUCUGUACAUGAGGAUAAAAACAGGGUGCCCUUUGUGAAGGGGUGUACUGAGCGUUUUGUGUGCAGUCCUCAGGAGGUCAUGGACGCCAUAGACGAAGGCAAAAACAACAGAAGCGUGGCUGUCACAAACAUGAACGAGCACAGUUCCAGAAGUCACAGCAUCUUCCUCAUCAACAUCAAGCAGGAAAACACUCAGACCGAGCAGAAACUCACUGGCAAACUUUACCUCGUCGAUCUGGCUGGGAGUGAAAAAGUGGGUAAGACUGGAGCAGAGGGCACAGUGCUGGACGAAGCCAAGAUGAUCAACAAGUCCCUGUCUUCACUGGGAAUCGUCAUCUCAGCUCUGGCAGAGGGCUCGUCUUAUAUUCCCUACAGAGACAGUAAGAUGACCAGGAUCCUGCAGGACUCCUUAGGAGGGAACUGUCGGACCACCAUGGUCAUCUGCUGCUCCCCCUCCGCUUACAAUGAUGCAGAGACCAAGACUACACUGCAGUUUGGACAAAGGGCAAAGACCAUCAAGAACAAUGUGAGCCUGAAUGUGGAGCUGACCGCAGAGCAGUGGAAGAGCAAGUGGGAGAAAGAGAAGGAGAAGAACAAGACCCUGAAGAACACUGUCACCUGGCUGGAGACCGAGCUGAACCGCUGGAGGGGCGGAGAGAGUGUGCCAGUGGACGAACAGUUUGAUAAAGAGAAGGCCAAAGCAGAGGUCCAGGCCCUGGACACUGCAACCAACAACGAUAAGACGGCACCCACGCCUGCCCUCAGCACCCUGCCGGGGGUCAAACUCACCGACGCUGAGAAAGGGAAGUGCGAGGCAGAGAUGGCCAAACUCUACAAAGAGCUGGAUGACAAGGACGAGGAAAUCAACCAGCAGUCUCAGUUGGUGGAGAAGCUGAAUGAACAGAUGUUGGACCAGGAGGAGCUCUUAGCUUCCUCCCGCCGUGACCACGACACCCUGCAGAAGGAGCUAAACCGGCUGCUGGCAGAGAACGAAGCCUCUAAGGAGGAGGUGAAGGAGGUGCUGCAGGCCCUGGAGGAGCUGGCCGUCAACUACGAUCAGAAGAGUCAGGAAGUUGAGAUCAAAUCGCGAGAGUUUGAGGCCCUCAGUGAGGAGCUGAACGAGAAAUCGAGCUCCUUGGCCUCCAUUGACUCUGAACUGCAGAAGCUGAAGGAGAUGACAAUCCACCAGAAGAAGAGGUUCACUGAGAUGAUGUCAUCAUUGCUCAAAGACCUGGCUGAGAUAGGCAUCGCCGUGGGAAGCAACGACAUUAAGCAACAGGAGAGCACCGGUCUCAUUGAUGAAGAGUUCACUGUGGCGCGUCUCUACAUCAGCAAGAUGAAGUCGGAGGUGAAGACGAUGGUGAAGCGCAGCAAACUGCUGGAGAGCUCCAAGGCCGAGAACACCCAGAAGAUGGAGGAGACGGAGAGCGAGCUGACUGCCUGCCAGCUCCGUAUCUCCCAGUAUGAAGCGAAAAUCAAGUCACUGACGGACUGCCUGCAGAACGUGGAGCAGAAGAAGAGACAGCUGGAGGAAAAUGUGGACUGUCUCAAUGAGGAAAUCGUCAGGAUCAGAGCCCAAGAGAAAGUUAACACCAUGGAGAAGGAGAAUGAGAUCCAGUCUGCCAAUGAAGUCAAGGACGCUGUGGAGAAGCAGAUCCAGUCUCACAGGGAGGCCCAUCAGAGGCAGAUCGGCAGCCUGAGAGACGAGCUGGAUACCAAGGAGAAACUCAUCACGGAGCUGCAGGACCUGAACCAGAAGGUCAUGCUGGAGCAGGAGAGGCUGAGGGUGGAGCACGAGAAGCUCAAAGCUGCUGACCAGGACAAGAGCCGCCAGAUUCUAGACCUCACGGCACUGCAGGACAGACAGGAGCAGGCCAGACAGGACCUGAAGGGACUUGAAGAGACUGUGGCCCGGGAGCUGCAGACACUCCACAACCUGAGGAGGCUUUUCGUCCAAGACUUGUCCUCUAGAGUCAAAAAGAACGCUCAGAUGGACGAGGAAUCAGAAGUUAGUGCUGCCCAGAAACGGAAGAUCUCCUUCCUGGAGAACAACCUGGAGCAGCUAACCAAAGUUCACAAGCAGCUGGUACGGGACAACGCUGACCUUCGCUGUGAGAUUCCAAAAAUGGAGAAGCGCCUGCGAGCCACGGCUGAGCGGGUCAAAGCCCUGGAGACUGCUCUGAAGGAGGCCAAAGAGAACGCAGCCCGCGACCGGAAGCACUACCAGCAGGAGAUGGAGCGCAUUAAGGACGCCAACAAGCCCAAAAACAUGGGCAGGAGAGCCUCAGCAGUGAUAGCCAAGCCCAUCAGACCAGGCCAGCUGCCGGGCGCCCCCAUAAACUUCAGCGUCAACAGGUCCAACCUCAUCGAGAAUAACCAGCCUGCUGGCAUCAAAGGCGGAGGCAACAACAGGCUAGAAAAGAAUAGAUGA